AUGAAGCCUUGCUCUGAUGAUGUCCGUCAUACGAGGGACGAAAGGCAUCUGGUGAAGCGCGUAGUUUGGCCCGAGUCAAAUCCGGUGCUGCCUCGUCGCUUACGUCUCAAAUUGCAUCGCUACCUUUCGAAUGCUAUGCCUGGUCCAAUCCUCUCCACUGCUCAUUGGCCCACACUAUUGCUUUUUCCAUCAUUCGCGAAUUCUUCACAGAAGUAUACUGCCAAAUUGCCUUCAUCCAGCCCCACUUACGUCACAAUGGCAAAUGAACAGACCAACUUGAAGUAUCUGAUGUGA